ACGACAGAGCCAGGUGAGCCACAGGAGGCCCAGUCCAAAGAGGUGGAGUCUUUCCCUGAAGCCGCCGCCCACUCCACACCUAAACAGGGAGGGGAGGGCGGGCCUUCCCCGAGCCAAGCUCAGAGCUCAUUGGCCGAGGACUCGACGAGUCACCUGUCGUCCAGCAGUCGCAUCGCUCGCUCCCCGGCCAGAAACGCCCUGAGCUUUAGGACCAUGCAGACGAGGGUGUCUCUGCUGGACGGCUCGCUGUUCACCUGCACGGUGGAGAAACGAGCUCGAGGAGUUCAGCUGUUUGAUAAAGUCUGUGAACACGUCAACCUGCUGGAGAGAGACUACUUCUCUCUGUGCUUCAGAGACAUGGACAACAACAAGAACUGGUUGGAUCCAUCAAAGGAGAUGAAGAAGCAGGUCAGAGGCGUUCCCUGGAACUUCUCCUUUAACGUGAAGUUCUACCCUCCUGACCCCGCCCAGCUCUCUGAGGACAUCACCAGGUACUUCCUGUGUCUCCAGCUCAGACAGGAUAUCGUCUCCGGUCGUCUCCCGUGUUCCUUUGCGACUCACACCGUCCUCAGCUCCUACAGCGUCCAAUCAGAGCUCGGAGACUAUGACCCGGAUGAGUGUGGUUCAGACUACGUCAGUGAACUCUGUUUCGCUCCAAACCAAACUAAAGAGAUGGAGGAGAAGAUCAUGGAGCUGCAUAAGACCCACAGAGGGAUGACUCCGGCUGAAGCAGAGAUGCACUUCCUGGACAACGUGAAGAAGCUCUCCAUGUACGGAGUCGACCUCCAUCACGCAAAGAUGGUAGGAAGUCGCUUUGACUGUUUGCCUUCAGCUCAGUCAGAGGACUCGGAGGGCGUGGCCAUCAUGCUGGGCGUGUGCAGUAGCGGUCUGCUGGUCUACAGAGACCGACUGAGGAUCAACAGAUUCUCGUGGCCGAAGAUCCUGAAGAUCUCGUACAAAAGGAACAACUUCUACAUCAAGAUCCGACCUGGAGAGUUUGACCAGUUUGAGUCCACCAUUGGCUUCAAGCUGCUGAACCACAGAGCAGCUAAACGACUGUGGAAAGUGUGUGUGGAGCAUCACUCCUUCUUCAGGUUGAUGUCUCCAGAGGAGACGCCUAAGAAGUUUCUAUCUCUGGGUUCAAAGUUUCGCUACAGCGGUCGGACUCAGAUGCAGAGCCGCAGAGCCAGCUCUCAGAUCUCCAGACCUGCACCCAAUUUCCCACGAUGCAUCAGCAAGAGGAACAUUCUGAGCCGCAGCCUGGAUGGAGAUCCGAGGGCCACGCCCACGUCCUCUCUGAUUGGCUCCCCAGCCAUCAAACCGUCCCCCAAAGCCAACGGUGAUACACACUCAGAUAUGGGCGCCGGGCUGUACGGAGCGUCCAAAGCCAUCGCCGUCAGUGACCUCAUCACCACGGUAACGCCUGAGAGGUUGAUUGAAGAGAGGAGGGCAGAGAAAGUUGAGGAGGUGCUGGUGGUGGAGGAGGAGGUGCAGCAGGAGGAGGAGGGAGGAGGAGGAGGAGGAGAGACCAGAGCGACAGAGAUUUCUCAGCAAAGUCCUCCAACUCCUCAGAAGCAGGAAACCAAGACGGAGCUGACGGAUACGGCCGUGGACGGAGAUCUGACCGCCACCGAGUCUGACCAGGAUGAAGACUUGAGGACUCAGGAGACGCUGGGGAGUCCGGAGGAGGAGCAGAAGCCUCAGAGCACCAUCAGCGCUCUGAGACGCUCCUUCUUAGAGGGAGGAGGAGGAGGAGGAGGAGGAGGAGGAGGAGGGAUGACGGAGUGGGAGAAACGUCUGGCCUCCUCUCCUCUACGACGAGUCGACGACUCCCCGAUGAUCGAACCACUGGAACCAGACGAGGAGGGCGGGUUCAUAGCGAACCAAGCUCAUCCUCAGCCAAUCAGAGAGAAGAGCUUCACUGUGGGGCGGAGCUACGACACAGCCUCAGGAAAGGUUGUUACCAUGACGAUAACAGACGGCAGCUCACAGGUCACCAUGACAACAGCGAGUACUGAGAUGGGCAGGCAGGUCAGAAUCAUCCCACUGUCCACCGCUGAUGAUGUCAUCACAAGGGGACCGUUGAUCACCAUACGGGAGGUGAAGACGCCGACCUCACCGUCAGAACCGCCACCCGGUGUCAGCGGCUUCAGCAGUGAUGUCAUCAGUAGGGAUGACCACAGAGGAGGCGGAGCCUCUGUGAUCUCACCUUUGACCCCCCUCCUUCCUCCUAAAUCCCCUCUGGUUGAGCGGAGUCUAAGCCCCGCCCCCUCACCGGGUCACCUGACAGUCAGGACGUCGCCCUCCAUGGCCAGACUGCCUAAACCUACAUUUGAUGAAAUGUCUCCUGAGCUCACCGCUCUGCUGACCUCAGCCAGAGAACAAAACACCUUCAAAGAACACAACCUGCUGAAGACGUCAGAGAAGGUGGAGACGGUGUUCCUGAUGACGGAGCCAUGUGACCAGGACCAGCCAAUGGCGGACCAGCCUCAGGAGGUCCCAGUGAUGAGGAAGACUCUCACAUAUGAAGCUCCAGGGAGCCGCACAGACUCUGAUCCUCCUACCGGUUUACUGCUGAGCUCCCAGACCUUCACUGCUGAGACCUCCAACACUACCACCACCACACACAUCACCAAGACGGUAAAAGGCGGCAUUUCAGAAACCAGAAUCGAGAAGAGAAUCGUGAUUUCUGGAGACACAGAAAUCGACCACGACCAGGCUCUGGCCGAUGUGCUCAGCGAGGCAAGGCUGCAGCAUCCUGAGCUGUCAGUCACACGAGUCGUUGUCCAUAAAGAAACAGAGGUCUCUCCUGAUCAUGUGAUCGAUUAGUGACAUCACAGGACUGAAUGGGAAGCCUCUGCUGCAUUAUGGGAGUUGGAGUCCAGACUCCAGGGACAACUGUAGACACUUUUCAGCGACACCCAGUGGACAUCAAUGGAACUGAGGAUUUACACACACACACACACACACACACACACACACACACACACACACACACACACACACACACACACAUAUGCAUGUACACCUGUACAUACACACACAGCAGCACCUGUCUGUCUGACCGGGGGCGGGGCCAAAGGCUGCGAUUGCUUCAGAACAGUUAGCAUUAGUUCAUUAGUUUGAUUAGAUCUAGUUAAAGGCUUCACGAUGGCAUUUUCAGUCAGGAAUAAAAUAUUUAUUCAACACUGACAGGUGAGAGACAGACAGGUGAGAGACAGACAGGGGAGAGACAGACAGGUGGCACUGCUGUGACGCCAUCAACAUGUUUCCAUAGCAACCAGAGCCAGUCAACUUCAAAUGAACUUUCACCAUAAAAAUAAACACCAAAAAUUGUCCUGCUGCUGCAUUUACCUCCUAUUUAAACAAGCCCCGCCCCCCCCACACACACACAUCUGAGACCCCGAAAGGUUAAAGCAGACAUCUGAUUGGCUGGUUGACUCAGGUAUAUUUGCUCCUGAUUGUGAGACAGAGAGACAGCAGCCUUAUGUAAUAUUCAGUAAUCAGUUUGUAUCACAUCUGAAAGUUCUGUAAUAAAAACCUCACCUGUGUCACCUUGUGAGGUCACCUGGCGGACCUGUCUUACCUGGUGAGGUAAUGGAUCUAAUUCAAAUGUACAAUAGCAUGAUUGCUAGCACUGUAACCACCCACUGUAAAAUCAGCUCUCUAUUUACCCAUAAUGCAAUAGUAAUGUGCCAUUCUUUCAUCUUGCCAUGGAAACCCUUGUUAUGAAUUAUUUUAUUCACCUGUCUAUGUAUUUAUUUAUUGAUCUGUGUUUGUAUGUAAGCCCAGACUGACCACUCCCCCAGGUGACAAGUACCAGACUGACCACUCCCCCAUAUGUCACUGUACACACUGACCACUCCCCCAUAUGUCACUGUACACACUGACCACUCCCCCAUAUGUCACUGUACACACUGACCACUCCCCCAGGGGUCCCUUCACAGACUAACUACUCACCUAAGUGUCACUGUACACACUGACGACUCCCCAAGUGUUUUAUUUUCUUCAUGAUAAAUUAAAACUUACUGAAUGUAUCUUU